AUGGGCGGCAUCCCCUUCACAUCGCGCGCCUGUGCAGCCUGUAAGAAGCGCAAGAUCAAGUGUGACCUAGAAAAGCCCGAAUGCUCUAGUUGCGUCAAAAGAGGGGGGACGCCUUGCCCCGGUUAUCACGAUCGGGACUUCAUCCACCACAAGUUUGAGCCCCGGCGUGUGCGCAAUGCAGAGACCAAGCGACCUGGACCCCAGCGGGUCAGACAGCUCGAGUCCCUGGCUUUGCCUGCUUGCUUCAAUAUGAGUGCCGAGGCUCGCACCCAGUUGUUUGCGACCUACAUGCACACGUUCUUCGCCUCCAAUCCUUCCCUCAAUGGCAGGGUCGAUAGCUGGUAUCUGUUGAUGGCGCGCUUUCCAACCUUGACCGGCAAAUCAGACCUGCUGGAUCGAUCGGUCAUCGGCUUGGUCUCCGUGUAUCUGGGGAAGAAAACCAGGGAUGGUCGAUUGGCACAUCAUGGAUUUGAGAUCUACAAUAGUGCUCUCCAUGCGAUGCUACAGAUCUUGCAAGGCAACCGCCCACCAACAGCUACCACUCUCUACUCGGCCAUUGUCUUCCAGACGUACGAGGGAGCCACGGCAAUGUUGAAACAACACGACUAUACCCGAGGUGAUCAAGCCCUCAUCGACGCGAUCCUCCGGAGGCACAAGUGGGCGACGGCAAUGUUCACCCUCAACACUCCUUACAGCAUGCAAGUGGACGAGGAAUGCCUCAAUCUCGGACGCAAAGAGAGCCCCGUCGACGAGUUAUUCGGCAUAAUCGCCGAAGCCAUAGCUCUACGCAGAGAUCUAUACUGGCUGCACAUGUCCGCUCACAGGCUGGACGGUAUACCUACUCCCUGUAGCAGGCGGAACCUGGGCCAGGAGCCCAGCAUGCUCCCCCUGGACCCAGAUCUCGCACCGUACAAUAUCGAAAGCCUCGAAGCAGCCAAGAUCUACCUCCUAUUUUGGGUGGCCUCCCUGGUCAUCCGUCGCGUGAUCUAUCAAACCGAGACGCACCUGAUGCGAGGCCCUGACCCGAGCCGCAUGGUGUUCUAUGCCAGGGAGAUUUGCCGCUCUGUAGCAUAUCUCAUGCAGCCCGAGAAUCGGAUGUCGUCCGGGCAAAUCCUCAUCCUGGGGCUAUCCCAGGCGUCCAAAUGUUAUAUCGACUGCGGGGACAAGGCUGAGUUCGAGUGGUGCCAGGCAAUCUACCCGUUCAUUGCUGCGAGCGGCUUUGGUAUCGCCAGUCUUAUGGGCCAGAUGGAGUGGAAGUUCUGGAAUGCGGCUCAGAGCCAGCCAAGAGGAUCUCUCUUGUUAUUACCUGAGGCGGUACAUACAGGACAGGCCAUGAAAGUGUCUCGCACAGUUCGUUACAGGCUAGCAUUUUUAUCGUAG